UCGUACUUCUUUUUGAAAAGCAGCGUGUUUUAACGCGAACCGUUUGGAAAUAAACAUGAAGAUCUUUGGCAGACUUGAUAAUACGCUGGACUUCUCAUAUGAUGAUUCCAAAGUUGAAUUCAAUAUCGAUGCUCCUAAUUGAGUGGUGAUGGAAGGUUAUUUGUUCAAGAGAGCAAGCAAUGCUUUUAAGACUUGGAACCGGAGGUGGUUUUCAAUACAAAACAGUCAGCUGGUGUAUCAGAAGAAGAUGAAGGAUGCAUUAACUGUGGUGGUCGACGAUUUACGGCUUUGUUCCGUCAAACCUUGUGAGGACAUCGAGAGGCGCUUUUGUUUUGAGGUUGUCUCUCCAAACAAGAGCUGUAUGCUGCAGGCAGACUCGGAAAAGUUACAUCUCGCCUGGAUUCAGGCAGUGCAGGCUAGCAUUGCCACUGCAUACAGAGAGAGUCCAGAUAACAAUUACAUCAAUAGGCUGGACAGAACUGCAUCUCCAUCUACUAGCAGCAUUGACUCUGCUAGUGACUCCCGGGAUCGCAGUGUGAAGGGUGAAAGCAUCCUGCAGCGAGUGCAGGGCAUCGCUGGCAAUGACCAGUGCUGUGACUGCGGACAAGCUGACCCUCGAUGGGCCAGCAUCAACCUUGGGAUCACACUGUGCAUUGAGUGCUCUGGAAUUCACAGGAGCCUUGGUGUCAGUGUUCCAAGGUUCGUUCUCUCACAUUGGACUCCUGGGAGCCAGAGUUACUUAAGUUGAUGUGCGAGCUGGGAAACAACACUAUUAAUCAUAUUUACGAAGGAAGAUGUGAGGAAUAUGGACUGAAGAAACCCCAGCAGAAAGAAGCCUGGAUCAAAGCA